GGACGGGAGUUUACAGGCUGGGGAGGGGCGAGGGAGAGGAGGGGGGCGACAUCACUCGUCCGCCGAGGCGAGGCGCGCUCGGAGGCGGAUGAUCUCGGCGGGCGCCGGCGGCGCGAAGGCGGGGUCGUUGAGGAGGCCGGCGACGGCGGUCCAGCCGCGCGCCGCGCGCGGCCGGCCGUCGACGAAGGCGGGCGCGGCUUUGACGUUCCGGCCGGCGGCGCCGAGGGGCUGGAGCGUCACGAGGCAGGGCUCGUCGGGGCCCGGGCGGCCGACGACCGCCGCCGGCGCGGCGCAGCACCCGCCGCCCGGCGCGGGCGCCGCGCCGACGGCGACGACACCGUCGCCGCGCGCGACGCGGUGGCGGACCGCGCGCGACGCCGCGGCGACGACGAGGACGCGGCCGCGGUGCGUGACGAGCGCGGUCGCGGCCGUCCUCUUCCGGCCGCCGAAGAGCGAGGGCUUCUCGAGGAGGGAGACGUCGGCCGCGGACACGAGGAAUUCGUCGCCGCGGAGCGCGGCGCGCCACGGCGCGGUCGCCGCCGCGCAGGCCGCAAAGGCCUGCGAGGCCGCGCGGCGGCGCUGCUCGGCGCCCAGGAGCGUCGCGAGCUCUGCCGUCGCGGC